UACGUCAUACUCACUUAAUUCAGAAUAACAUUUUAAGAUACGUUUUUAGUCUUUGGAUUUUUGUUGAAUAAAUCACAUUGAACGAAUACAUUUACGCAAGACUUACUUUUAUUUUUCUUCAAUUGCACAAGCGACAUCCAACAAGAAAGCUGUUCAACAUGGAUUUAUACGAAACACACGACGAUGGUCCAGGUUUUGUGGGAAUCAAGUUUUGUAAAGAAUGUAACAAUAUGUUGUAUCCAAAAGAAGACAAAGAAAACAAACUGUUGUUAUAUGCUUGCCGAAACUGUGAUUACCAAGAGGAGGCAACCAAUCCCUGCAUCUAUGUAAACAAGAUCACCCAUGAAGUCGAUGAGCUGACACAGAUUAUUGGGGACGUGAUAGCCGACCCAACCCUGCCCCGAACAGAGGACCACCCUUGUCCCAAGUGUGCCCACAAAGAAUCCGUCUUCUUUCAGUCUCACAGCACCAAGGCAGAGGAAGGCAUGCGACUCUACUAUGUUUGCACCAACCCCCAGUGUGUGCAUCGCUGGACCGAGUAGACAAUUCGUUUAUCACCUUUUCCAACACACAGUAACAUACCCAUUGAAAAUACCAUUGAAUCACUAGUGCAGGCUUCAUUACCUUAAAGAAUUCAGGAUGCAGACCCCAGAAGAGCAAAAUGACUCUUAUGGCAUUCCAAAAAUUCUUGACAAUUCUUGUAAUGUCUUAUUGUUUUAAUAAAUAUAUACUUGUAAUAGUU